CAGACGCAAACACUGGAUGAAAAAGUCUCAGACACAGCGGCCUCGACUCAUCACCAACGGCCCUGGAAACCCAUAGGCAAUUGCUCAGGAUGGGAUACUCUUGGAGACAAAAACAUGUCAAAGUGGGAGACAGCGCCCAGUAUACAACGUUACACGCAGGCCGACGUGCCCAGUGUAGGCAGGCACUUGCCUUUUCUGCUCGACAACGUCCCUCAACCGAGACCCGUGGGCAGCAUACGCGGCGGUAUUACUCCUCAUCACGGGUUACUUACCUGGCAGCAUGCGAUCCCUCUGACAUGGAUACUACCCAAGUUAUGCACUCCAGGUCACUAAGAAUGAUAGCUCCGCGUGAAGAGGGCGCUAAAAUCAGCGGGACGUUGGCAAUGUCCUUGUGCUCAAUAUCUCCCCUGUCUAUGCAGUGCCACAGGCUGGUCGACUAGCGCAGGAACAACGACAGCAGAUGCCAAUCCGGGGUCUGAUCCUACGGUACUGUGACGGUAGUAGCAUUGUUCCUGGGACCUUUCAUCUAACGACAUCGUCCGUGUGGCCCAAUAGAGACAGCGGGAUGCUAUCAACUUCUGCCUCGACCUAAGAUGUCUACAACUCCAAAACACCUCAGUCGAGCCUCAGUAAUCAGGGUGGCUACAUGGUGACGAGAACUUGGGAUGCAAGUGAUCUAGGUAUGUUCGCAUGGCUCUCGAACGACAGUACACAUCUAGAUCCUUAUUUCGUCGAAGGGGAUCUCUUGCUCCUUCCGGCAGCAGAUCCGGGACCUAUCCGCCAUGUCGAUACACCCAGCCUUCCACCUACACCGGUCGGUGCCGGAAUACUCCUCCGGACCUUCGGACCAAGCACCAAGAAAGGCUUGGAAACCAUUCAAGUGAUACGUCCUUGAUGGCACACCUCUCAUACUCAGCAGUUCUCAACAUGGCCGGCUGAUCCUACCCUGAGAACGAUGCUGCCGCACUGCGGUCAUUUUCCUCCAGACCACACAUUUGGAGGGUGUUCGAGAUGAUUAUUUAACUACAACAUAAUUUCCCCUUCUUGAGGCCUUACUCUUACCUUCAACAGAGCAAGAGCUUCCCGACACUCGUUCAACAUUGCCUCUACAUUCUUUGCCAGCUUGUUGUUCUACCAGCAUAUACUGCCCUCGUUUCACUUCACUACAUUCCUUUCCACCAACACAGUCCAGUCACAAUGCGUUUCGAUCCAUCCAUCCUCCUCCUUCCUUUCCUUCCCUCACUGGUCUCAGCUUGGCACCCUCCCACUCUCCAGGGUUACAACCUAGUCUGGUACGACGAAUUCGAAGGCAGUCCGCAAACCUUGCCCAGUGUGAGCCGAUGGAACAUCAUCAAUGGCAAGCUCAACGUCAAUAACGAGCUCGAGACGUACACCUCCUCCACCAAGACCAUCCAUGUCAGUGGCGGCCACACCCUGCAGAUCGUCCCCUGGCGCCAACAGAACGGCAACGGCGACUGGAUCUCCGGCCGCAUCGAGUCCACUUAUACCUUCACACCCCCAGCCGGCAAGAAGACCGUCGCCCAGGCCGAAAUCCGCUUCGGCAGCAACCCGACCAACACCAAGGCGGGAAUCUGGCCGGCCUUUUGGUUGCUGGGCCAAGAACUCCGCUCAGGCGGCAGCUGGCCCGCCUGUGGUGAGCUUGAUAUCCUGGAGACUGUCAACGGUGAUCUGAGAGGGUACGGAACCCUCCACUGCGGAACGUAUCCCGGCGGUCCUUGCAACGAACCUAACGGCAGGGGGGCCAGUACCGCCAUUCCGAACCAGGACUGGCAUACGUGGAAGAUUGAGUGGGAUCGCACGUCGGGGGACUGGUGGACUUCCAAGAUUACGUGGUACAUGGACGGGGUCAAGUUCCAUGAAGUGUCGGGACAAUCGAUCGGUGACUCUGCGAUAUUUGACAAGAUUAGUAACAAGCCGUUGUUCUUUAUUUUGAAUGUGGCUGUUGGUGGGAAUUGGCCCGGUUAUCCGAACGUUAACACUCUGGAUGGGCCUGGGUCCAUGAUGGAGGUUGGUUAUGUCGCUCAUUACGUCUCUAACUGAGCUGCGUUAGGUGACGCGGUACGAAAGGGGAGGAUUCUUACACUUCUUUUGCCAGUCCUUGUGGGCUGUUUACCACAUUUUUUUCUUUUUAUGCGAAUGUCUCUCUCUUUGGGCGGGCUCGCUUGUUGCGCUGCUCAGGAACCCGUCUCCUCCUUCGGAUUCGGCACUACUUCUCAUUCACUGAACAACAUCUUCACUUUAUUCUCUUGGACAUAUUAUCAUUAUUCAUUUUACCAUUCAUGUACAUAAGCUAUAUAUUUACUCUAGUAUCAUAUUUCUGAAGGUGGUGAACCCCUCACUUUCAUCACAUCAUCCA